GAGGGGAAGUCGGGGAAGGAGGCGGAAGAGGAGCUGUCUGAAAGGGGAGGAGGGAGGGAGGAAAAGAGGAGGAGGCGGAGGAGAAUUGAGCUGAGCAGAGCAUCGAGCCAAAGGGGAGAUGAGUUUGUCUGUCCUCGGCUAAGGCUCCGGCCGGGCCUAGGGAACUGGGAGCUUGGGCUGGAGCGACACCCGUGGAAGUGGGAGGAGGUGGCUCUGGGACUUUAACCCCUUGUGGGCUCUGCGGCAGGGGAUUUAACCCUUUGUGGAUUCGGUCCCUCGGAGAAAGCGUCAUCGGGUAGUUUUAACCCCUUCGGGGCUGAACUUAACCCGUUGGACUUAAUCUCAUCUUCUUGCCCAACUCCUCGAUCGUGGGGGCAUUCGGCGGGGAGGUUUGAAGCCCACCCAGUCCGCACGUUACGUACUGUUCCUGCCGCUGCACCCCUCGGACCCGCUAGCUGGCCGCGCUGUGGGCGCUUAACCCUUUACUGACUUGAGCUCCCAAGUUGGGAUUGGAGUUUGCUGACAGAAGGACUGGCUAAAGGCGUCACUGCAGAAAUUACAGACCGAAGAGAACUAUUGGACAUAUUUUAAAAGAAAAGAUAAACCUCUUUUUCCCCUUAAGGACUUACAGACAAAAUUCCUCAAACUUCGCGGACUCUUCUAGUCAUGGCCGAACCACUCUUGUCAGAAUAUCAACACCAGCCUCAAACUAGCAACUGUACAGGUGCUGCUGUUGUCCAUGAAGAACGGAACCCCGAGAGCCCCCCAGGCGCGGAGGAGCGGGUGCCCUCGGAGGACGGUAGGUGGCAAUCGAGAGCGUCCCCCCAGUCGGGUGGCCGGCCGGGGCCAGAGGGGGAAGGGAGUCUGGAGCCCCAUCCUCCUCCCCUGCAGACCCAGGCCUGUCCAGAAUCAAGCUUCCUGGAAGUGGGCGAGAAGGGCCAAAAUGGGGACGACAUGUCCGCUGGCGGAGUAUCCUCACCGCCAGGAGGAGAACCGAUGUCCGAGGCGCUUGCCCAGCCGUGUCAUGACAACGAGGCCAACAAGUUGGGGGCUUCUGCCGUUGGGGGAGAGGAGGCGUGGGGACAACAGCAGAGACAGCUAGGCAAGAAGAAACACAGGAGACGCCCCUCCAAGAAAAAGCGGCAUUGGAAACCGUACUACAAGCUGACCUGGGAAGAGAAGAAAAAGUUCGAUGAGAAGCAGAGCCUGCGAGCUUCCAGGAUUCGAGCUGAGAUGUUCGCCAAGGGCCAGCCGGUCGCGCCCUAUAAUACCACGCAGUUCCUUAUGGAUGACCACGACCAGGAGGAGCCAGAUCUCAAAACCGGGCUCUACCCCAAACGAACGGCCGCCAAAUCCGACGACACUAGCGAUGAGGACUUUAUGGAAGAAGCCGGUGAAGAGGACGGGGGUAGCGACGGGAUGGGAGGGGACGGCAGCGAGUUUCUGCAGCGGGACUUCUCGGAGACGUACGAGCGGUACCAUGCGGAGAGCCUGCAGAAUAUGAGUAAGCAGGAGCUCAUCAAAGAGUACCUGGAGCUGGAGAAGUGCCUCUCGCGCAUGGAGGACGAGAACAACCGGCUGCGGCUGGAAAGCAAGCGGCUGGGUGACGACGCUCGUGUGCGGGAGCUGGAGCUGGAGCUGGACCGACUGCGCGCCGAGAACCUCCAGCUGCUGACCGAGAACGAACUGCACCGGCAGCAGGAGCGUGCGCCACUUUCGAAGUUUGGAGACUAGACUGAAACUUGCGGGGAGGGGGCAAAGGGGACUUUUUACAGAGCUGGAAUGUAACAUUAUAUACAUGUGUAUAUAAGACAGCGGACCUUUUUAUGACACAUAAUCAGAAGAGAAAAUCCCCCCGGCUUUGGUUGGUUUGGUAAAUUUAGCUAUGAUGUAGCUUGCGUGCUUUCUCCUGUUCUUUAAUUAUGUGAAACUGAAGAGUUGCUUUUCUUGUUUUCCUUUUUAGAAGGAGUUUUUUUUUUAAUGUGUAAGUAAUUUGACCAAGUUAUAAUGCAUUUUUCUGUUUAAAAAAAUCCCCUCCUUAAGCGGAGCUACAAGGUGGCCAAAUCUGAGAACCAUUAAAUUCAUUCUAGUUAUAAUAAAUUUAAUAUUUGUAAAUGUAACAUAGUUUCAGUGUGAUUUCUAGACCUAACUCUUGAUUUAUGACUACAUUUUUGAGGAGAGAUGAUGAAAUAGUCAUUGUCAGUUUGAAAAAAAAAAUGGGAGAAUUUUUUUUUUUUUUUUACUUGUGACCCCCCCCAACAAUGAAUAGGUUUUAGUAUGCUUCAAUAUACAGUUCAGCUAAAAUAUAAAUAUUUGAUUAUCUUAAAUACUUAAAGUGUGCUUGCUUUCUAGUGCCUUGGUUUUCUUUCAUGAUGUUAGAGAAAUGUGUUUUGGAGAGUGCACAGAAGCUACAGUCAGAAGCUUAAUUUUAUUUCUGCUUCUUGAUGGCCAUUCAAGUCUACUAACACAAUUUGGCAGUUUGUUAGGACAGACAACUAACAGCCUUCAUUCCUACAAGUUGGUUUCUAGUAAUUCUUCCCUCCCUACCUGCCUCCCCACCCCCACAGGGCUAGAAGUUCCUGGAUGCUUGGAUGAGGCUCUUAGUAAACCUUGCUUUAAGCAGUGAUUAGAUUAGGUAAAUUUAUGGGACAGCUAUUUCUUUCAGUACUGGGGAUUGAACCCCAUGGCACUUUACAGCUGAGCUACAUUCCCAACCCUUUUGAUUCUCUGAGACAGGGUCUCUGUAAUAUGCUGAGGCUGGCCUCACAUUUCCAAUCCUCCUGCCCUUAGCCACUUUAGUAGCUGGAAUUAUAGGCCUGUAACAAGGUGCUUGGCAGUGGCAGGUGGCUCUUUAUGCUGAGAUGUUUGAAGGUAGGGAAUAUUAAAUUUACCAAGGACUUACCCUAAUUGUCCAAUACCUAAGUGCUUACACCAAGAAAAAAAAAAAAGUUGUCCACCCUUCCAUGAGGGUUGAACUAAGUUAGAAAUGCACAUCACUGUAAAUCCAAUGAAAAGCAGUGAAGUGGUGCAUGGUUGUAAUCCCAGCUACCUGGGGAGGCUGAGGUAGGAGGAUCACCACAAGCUUGAGGCCAGCCUUGGCAGCCUAGCAAGACAUUGUCUCCAAAAAAUAAAAAGGCCUGGGGAUUGAACUCAGUGGUAAAGUACCCCUGGGUUCAAUCCCCAAUAUAAAAAGAAAAAUUUCUAGUUAGAUGAGGUUCUUGGAUGCUGAAGGAGGGACCCUGCAUGUUUCUUAUACAGCAACUAUUCUGUUCUGUCUCCUUAACUGUGCUUACAGCUGCUUUUGUUCUUGAGUAGCUCUGCUCUUAAGAAAUGCAGGGUGGCCCUGAGAACUAAUUCUUGUCCCAAAAAUAGUAAAAAAUUAAAUGACUAUUCCUUCCUGUCACCAUGGUUUACCCAGCCCUCAUUCACUUGUCCUGUUUCCCUAAGGAAACUAUUGUUUAAAUCAUUAGCACAGGGGUUCCUUAACUUGGGGCCUUAUAAACCACAGGGGGCCUUUGGGUCCCUGAACCCACAAAAUUAUAUGUAGUCUUGUGUCAUAUGCACAUUUUUUUCUGGGGAUGGAGUUAAGAGUUAUGAGAUGUCAAACUCCUUGAAGGUUAAGAACCUCUGUAGGAAAAGGAGAAGAAACCCCUCCCUUUGGGAAGCCAGCAUUUGAAGCUAAAUAGCAAUAGUGGAGGUGGUGGGAACUUCAAGAGUGCACCUUCUGAUGUAUAAGUAGUAUAUACAAAUCAAUAAAAAAUCAAGGGGAAUUAUGCCAGUAGGAUAAAAUGAGGGCCUUCAAAACUGGACUGCGCUCAUCCUGUUCUGGUAGGCGGUUCACUGGAGACAAUGUAUUAUCCGUGUUUUUCCUUGGCCUAAAGAUUACAUUAAAUGUCUAUUUUGAAAUA